AUGAAGUGCCCUUGUAGCGCCCACCCGACACCCCAAGCACACGCCCCCGGCGCUGCGGCGGCAUCCCAACUCCUCCGUCCGGCUAUCUCUCACCCCUCUCCGGUCAGCCGCGUUCGAGGCGGCUCGCCGGCGGGCAGGCCCACGGGUCCUGCCUCCUGCGUUCCCUUCCUCGUCGACGGAGGUGCGCUGCUCCUCCCCCGCUUUCCGCUCGGGCGCCAGGGCCUCCUAUUCGUCGCCUCUGCUGAGCGCGUUCGGCAUCGAUUGCAACCCGCGGCGGCGGAGGCGGCGGCGCUGGUUGCUGCGCGCGCGCGCGCCGAGCGUCGCAGGCGACGCCACUCGAUCGCGGUGCGCCUCUUCAGCGGACGCACGCACCACCCCAGAGGGCGAGUCGAGCUCGGCUGGAAUCGGCCAGCAAUGCCAACCGCCCGCCUGUCCUCCCUCUCCACCUCCUCCUUCAAGGCUCCUUCACGAGAGCGCCGAGCCCCCCUCGCCGCCUUGGCUGCCGCCACGGAGCGCGUCCGCGAGGGAACGCUAAGUCGGCAGGACGCGCACCACCUGUUCGACGAAUUGCUAGGCCAAGCCGCCGCCGUCCCGGAACGCGGGCUGAACAACUUUCUUGCCGCACUAGCCCGUGCUCCGCCCUCAUCUGCCUGCAGCGAUGGCCCCGGCCUUGCCAUUGCCCUCUUCAACCGCAUGUCCCAAGGCGCUGGUGCACGGGUGGUGUCGCCCACGCUCUGUACCUAUUCCAUCCUCAUGGACUGCUGCUGCCGCGCAGGCCGCCCGGACUUGGUGGUUGCCUUCUUCGGUCGCCUCAUCAGGUUGGGGUUGCGCUUGGAGGUCAUCUCCUUCAGCAAUCUCCUCAAGGGGCUUUGCAAGGCCAAGCGCUCAAAUGAGGCAUUGGAUCUGCUGCUCCACCGGAUGCCUGAACUGGACUGUGCGCCUGAUGUCUUCUCCUACAGCAUUGUAAUCAACGGCUGCUUUAAAGAAGGUGAAGUAGACAAAGCGUGCAAUCUCUUCCAUGAGAUGAUCCAACUGGGAGUUCAACCUAAUGUGGCCAUCUACACCUCAAUUAUCGAUGCACUAAGCAAGUGCGGAGCCAUGGACAAGGCAGAAGUGGUCCUUCGGCAAAUGGUUGAUCAAGGCAUUGGACCCAACAUCAGGACAUAUACUAGCCUGAUACAUGGAUAUUCCGCUUCGGGUCAGUGGAAGGAGGCAGUUAGGUUAUUCAAGAAAAUGAUAAGGCUUGGUGCUCUACCAGAUACCGUCAUGUGGAACUCAUUUAUGGAUUCACUUUGCAAGCAUAGAAGGACAAAGGAUGCUAGAGAUAUUUUUGACUCCAUGGCUGCAAAGGGCCAAAAACCUGAUAUUUUCUCCUAUUCUACUAUGCUUAACGGGUAUGCGAAAGAAGGAUGCUUCGAUGAUAUGACUUGUCUCUUCAAUUCGAUGCUACAGAAUGGUAUUCUACCUGAUCACCGUGUUUUCAACAUUGAUUAAUGCAUAUGCUAAACGUGGACUGAUGGAUGAGGCUAUGCACAUGUUCGAAGUAAUGAGGCAACAAGGAGUAAACCCGGAUGUAUUUGGCUAUCAAAUCAUAAUGGAUUCACUUUGCAAAAUGGGUAGGAUGGAUGCUGCUCUGGACAAAUUUAAUCAGAUGGUCAAUCAAGGAGUUUCACCUAACAAAGCUGUUUACCAAUGCCUGGUUCUGGGUUCUUGCUCUCAUGGUGAUUUUGUGAAAGCCAAGGAAUUGAUUUCUGAAGCAGUUACUAGAGGUCCCUGUUCUAACAGUGUGUUCUUCUAACCUGUAAUAAACGACCUGUGCAAAGAAGGAAAGGUGAAGGAGGCACAGGAUAUGUUUGACUUCAUUGUAGGUAUUGGUCAGCGGCCUGAUGUGAUUAUGUACAAUUCACUGAUGGAUGGAUAUUGCCUUGUUGGCAAAGUGGAGGAAGCACUGAGAGUACUUGAUGCUAUGAAGUCUGCUGGCCUCCAACCUGAUGCUUUUACAUACGGUAUACUUCUUAAUGGCUACUGUAAAAUUGGAAGGAUCGCCGCUGGAUUGAGUCUUUUCAUGGAAAUGUCACUCAGCAGGGUUAAGCCCACGACUAUUAUGUACAACAUUAUACUUGAUGGGCUGUUUCGCUCCGGGAGAACAGUUUCUGCAAAGGAAAAAUUCCGUACGAUGAGCGAAAGUGGCAUACCAGUGGGCAUUGACACAUACAACAUAGUUCUUAAUGGACUUUGCAAAAACAAUUGCACUGAUGAAGCAAUAGAGCUGUUCAAGAAAUUACGUGCAACGAACGUGAAGAUUGAUGUCAUAACAUUCAGUACCAUGAUUUCUGCAAUGUUUAAAACUAGGAGAAUUGAAGAGGCCAAGGAUUUGUUUGCUACUAUAUCAGCCAUUGGGUUGGUGCCUUCUGUUGUGACUUACAGUUUAAUGAUGACGAAUUUCAUAAAAGAAGGGUUGCUGGCAGAUGCUGAUGAUAUGUUUUUAGCAAUGGAGAAGGCUGGCUGUGCUCCUGACUCCAGGCUGCUAAAUCAAGUGGUCAGGGUAUUUCUGAAGAAUGGUGAAGUUGUAAAGGCUGUGACUUAUCUCGCUAAACUUGAUGCUAAACAGCUGUCAGUUGAAGCUUCAACGAUUUCGUUAAUAGUAUCUCUCUUCUCAAGGAAAGGGAAAUUAAGGGAGCACGUAAAAUUGCUUCCGGUAAAGUACCAGCCUCCUGAGAUGUUGGGCUGAGGAUCGAUACAGUAUUACUUGGAACUUCGUACAAAAAAGCAAGGAUCAGUUUGUUGUACCGCCGUUGGGAUUCUCAUCCCAGAAACACACCAUGGUGCAUUCGAUGGCGUCUCAUUGUCACCAGUCACCGGAAGAGCGUGAGAUGGUGCUAAAUCAAAGAAAGUCAAGCCCCAAGCCUGAUGAGUGCGGAGUUAGAAGAGCAGGAAGGAAAAUGAGAUGCUUGCUCUGCUACGGCCGGCAGCGAGCAAGGGAAGGGGGAGGAGCUUCCUCGUCCACGACCACGCCGGCCAGCGGCGACAUUUUCUGACAUUGACUGACAGAAACAAAAGGCAUGCUUCAAAAGAAGUUGAGAAACACUGGCCCAGGAAGUUGAAAAACGAUUUUCCUAGAGAAGAUAUCUCGAUUCAGUCAAGAUUUAUAACAAGAAUCAUAUGAAAUCUAUAGCUAACAUGCAUUGUUACAACAGUAUAUGUCUA